AUGGAGCCACCAGAGUAUCAUCCUGGAACAUCAGAAAUUGGUUCCCUCACGGCACAUUCCAACGAGGAUAGCCAGUUCGUCGGUAGCUCCAGCGGCGUCUACUUCAUCAAUACCGUGAAGCGUGCAUUCUCCGCUGGGCUAGAUGCAUCGGGAUCCCCAGAGACAGAGUUCCCAACUGCUGAAGAUACCCUUGUGGGUGCAGAAGACUCACCCCGGAAGCGACAAUGUACGGCAUCAUCCAAGCUUGACUCGGCCACACCCAUCGAGGCCGAGUCACCAGCACCAUGGAAGUACGACCCCACGAUUGCGGAUUACAUGGGCAGCGCACCACCGUUGGAGGCUUCGAAAGAAUUUAUGAUGAUGUACUUCAAAGUUUGGCAUCCUCUGUUUCCCUUCCUACAUGGUCCCACUUUCCUGCAGGCCAUGGAAAAGUUAUACUCCAGCACCGGAGACAAUACUCCAGUCCUCGAUAAGAGCUCGAAUCAUCGAAAUACAUGCUGGACGGUGAUUCUGCAAUGUAUCUUUAAUCUAGGAAGUAUGCUUCGUCCAGACCUUGAACUUCCACCUACCUGUCGAAUUCAAUCGCCUAGCAGUGUAACAUCACUACUCGGAUGUCUAUUAGCAAAACAUGACAUUGCUUCACUUCAAGCCCUUCUAGCCGUCCAGGUUUACCUGGUUGCAAAAAUGUCCCUACGCCUGGCAUCUACGUUCGGUGGAUGCGUUUUACGAUCCAUGAUGCAUGCUGGCCUCCACCGAUGUCCGUUCCGAUAUGCGCAGCUCUCAUCGCAUGAUCGACAAUUGCGCAAACGAAUUUUCUGGUGUGCAUAUGCGAUUGAUAGAUACCUGAGCCAAGCACUGGGGUUGCCGCUUGGGAUCCAGGAUUCGGACAUCGAUGUGUGCCUACCUGCUGCGCCGGAAAUCCACUCUCCUCGACGACUGAGGGAUUUACAGUCCAGUGUCUCAUAUAGGAACCCAGUAUCGCACGAUAAUCGAAAAUAUAGAGAGCAUUCGCCGUUGGAUGCAGGCGCAGAUCACCGCAAAAAGGAACGGGUGCUUGCCAGCUAUGUUGAUUCCGGAACACUCACCGGCCGUGCACUUGAACUGUUACAUAAGUCCAUUUUGGUGCGUUCGGUGCGCCGCAGUUCCGUGCUUUUCUUAGUGACAGACGUUCAUAAGUGGUGGAAUAGUCUUCCUCUUGAACUCCAAGGGAAGUCAUCUGAGGCCGGCAAACGGGUGCUAGCUUCAGAUUCAGGCAGUUCGUUUGACUUUGGCCCUUUCUUUACCGUCCUCUACCAGCAUCUCAUCCUUAUUCUCCACCGACCCUCCUUGUCAUUGGACCCAUCAACAGCAGAAUUUUGUUCAGGGCUGCAGACCUGCAUUGGCGCUGCACGAUCCAUUCUCGCGGCGUUGAGAUUGCAAGUGGAUAGUUGCCAAGCACUCUUCUGGCCGGGCUUUGUCUCUGCAGCUUGGAUGUCAGGCUUGGUGUUGGCUUUUGCUUGCCAACUCAAACAAUACGUUGUGAAGAAGGGUUUGCAGUGA